CCGCGGCACACAACGCCUAAUAAGGGACCACCGGCGGGCGGCUGUCCAGGGAAUAUGGCUCUAAAUCAGGAUGGUGUGGAAGCAGGUCUUCUAGGACGUGUGAGAUCCGCUAAAAGAUUAAAGGACAGCAAGUCUACAUAGGAAGACUAUCUCGGUUAGCAAAAUUGGUGCCACUUUAUAAUAAGGCUAUCAAUAUAAAAGGUUUAUCAAUGGUUUAUAAUCUGGUUAUUAAUUUGUUGUAACACUUUGUAAAUUAUUAAUAAACAAUUUUAAACAACAUAACACAGUUUUCUUUUUAUUAAUGAGUUAAUUACUACCAUUUAUAAGUGGCAAAAGGGAGCCUUAUUGUAAAGUGGUACCGCAAAAUUACGCUAUAUUUAACUAAAAAAUUUUACGUAGGAGUCCAGGACAUGUAGCCUAUUUACGAAUUUAGUUCUAAAGGUGCAAAUUACAGAAAUUCGCAAGAUGGUGACGUAAGAUAGCUCAAGAAAUAAGAAAAAAUAUUAAACAAUUAUACUAAAACUAAUUCGAUUGUAAACUAAUUUUAUUUCGGAAUGUUUGAUUUUUUGUUGUUUUGUCGCCGCUUAUUCUGAGGCAGUUUUGAAUAUUUAAAAAAAUAUUAUCGCUAAAACAAAUUUAAAAAUGGAUACCAUUAGAGAAGAAGUGCAGCCAAAGUCUCUGUAUGGUCUACAUAUUAUUGGUGCAUAUUAAACAGAAAACCAGACUUUUUACUAAUGAAAAAACAGUAGUUUCACAAGUUACUGCAGUUAAUGAUGGGAGACAAAAAUGCAAGACCACACUUUAAAAUUUUAGAUGGAACUCGGAUGACACAUUUCAGUUCAUACUCCGAGGUAUCAUCAUUUGUUUAUACUAAUCACGGCUAUCACGGUGCUACACCAGAACAUGCACCAUCACUGGUAACUCCCAAAAAAAAAAAAAAACGGUACCACGUCACAUGACUUCCUAGGCCACGUGGCUGUGCUAGCGGCUGCGCAGUGCCCACCUUCCUGUGGAACGGAGUCGCCAUGUUCAAAAUAUGGUAUCUUUAUUGUUCUCCAUAAUUUUUGUCCGCCGAUGGAGUUUAAAUAAAGAGCUGGAAUAUUUGAAUAAGAAUCAAGGUAUCAAUGGAACUGCCCAACUACAACAGGCAGCUGAUGCAGCAGCUGCAUGCCCUGCGCAAGGAGGGUCAGUUCUGUGACUGCACCAUCUUGGUGGGUGAUAUUCCCCACCAGGCCCACAAGCUAGUUUUAGCCGCCUCCAGCCUGCUCUUCAAGUCCCUGCUGGAAAGCUCGGACAGUGUCUCCAUAGACCCCGCCCUGGUGACCUCGCAGGAGUUCUCCAGCCUCCUGGAGAUGGUCUACACAGGCAGGCUGCCACCUGGCAAGCACAACUUCACCCGGGUCAUUGCCGCAGCUGACAGCCUGCAGAUGUUCGAUGUGGCCGUUGGGUGCAAGAACAUCCUGGCCAGCCUCAUGAGGCAGCCAGCCGCAGCUCCAGCACCAUCCCUGGUCCAAGUGCAGCCGAGGUCUACUGGGAACCAGGGGGCCUCCCCUACAGUGUCUGACCCAAACCAAAGACAGGACCCAGGAGUUUUGGAAGCCCCAGCACAGAGGGAGUUAGGGGCUGUGGAGUCUGAGGUACAGGGUGCUGUGAAAGUGUCCCAGCAGGUGGAUCAGAUGCUUUCCAGCCCUCCUCAGGAUUCCUCCUCUGAAGAUGCUCACCAGAAAGCCACAGACAAAGCAGGCUUGCAGGACAGUUCAGAGAACCUGGAGCUUCUGACACAGAGCCAGGACAAGAUCGCCAGGAUUAUUGGGGAUGUCCAACUGUGGGUGAAGGCUGCCGAGAUGUGGGAAGGCAUUCCGGGUGUGGAGAAGAAGGUGAUCUUAGAAUGCUGCAGAGGAGGCUCCCCCGGCCCCAGCGCCUUCCACAGGCUCCUGCGCAGCGUGACGGAGGGCGGGGGCCUGUCGGCCCACACGCUGCUCUCGCUGCUCGGCCUCCUCAGGGAGCACCGGCCGGAGCUGGGCGCUGCGCUGGAGGGCCAGGCGGGACGCCAGGAAGAGGAGGACACCGCCAUCAAGGAUGCGGAUGUGAAUGAUCAGGAGAGGCCGGGGCGUGGCUCUGUGCUGCUGGAGCAUGCAGAGGAGCUGGCCGCCGCCCUGGCUGACAUCGAGUCCCUGGGGGAUCGGCUGACGGCGGCUGCAGGACGCUGCGCGGGGGGACGCAUCACAGAGGUGGUGUCUGAGUGCUGCAGAAGUGGGACCCCCCGUGAGGUGGCCGCAUGCCUGCUGGCUGCCGUGGGCCAAUCAGAAGCAGGCCUGACCGAGGGCGACCUCAUGCUACUGCUCCAAGAGCUCCAAGACAGCAGUCCCACACUGCAAGGUCUCCUAGCCCAGGAGGACCCCACAGGUGACCAGGAGGAAUCAGACGGAUCUGAGCUCUUGAGGAGGUACCGCAGAAGACUUUUGCAGGCUGUGUCUGACCCUCAGCUACUUCUGCAUAGCUUGGAGACCAUGACGGGGUUCCUUGCUGAAGACAGAGAGCGCGCCAAGGACCUGCUUCAGCAGGCCAGCAGCGCUCAGUGCCUGGAUGGGCUACUGUCUGAGGCCCUAGAGGGAAGAAGCCUUUCAUCGCUGUCUGUGUGGAGGCUGCUCUUCAGGGCAGCGGCUCAGGACGCCCCGCUGGAGGCCCUCAUCCAGGAGGUCCGGGAGCAGCCAGGAGCACAGAGCCUCAUUCAGGGUGCGAUGGACCCAGAAAGCCUCCAUGUUGACCUGCUGCUGAAGCACAAGGCCCUGAUCCUGCAGGUCCCGGGGCAGCUGGCCGUUCUGGAGGCAGGGCUACGGGUGGCCGAGGACCCCCCAGAGGAGAUCCCCGAGUUUCUCAGCGCCUGCGGUUCCCAGGAGGGGAGCCCGUCUGUGGGUGACGUCCUGGUCCGGGUGCUGGAGCAGAAGCAGCUCUGCGCUCAGACUUUCUGCAGGCUGCUGUCCCUCAACCGGCAGAGCCUGCCGCUGCUGGAGCCGCUCUUCCAGGAGCUGGAGCGGGCCGGUGAAGAGGCGGAGCCGACGGAUGCGGCCGACCCCUCCCAGGAGGCGGAGUCACAGGCGGGCGACGCACAGCAGCCCAAGGCCAGCAGGAAGCGGGCGGCGGCCAAGCAGUGCUUCUGCCAGUGGUGCGGCAAGGCCUUCGCCUUCCGCUGCCGCAUGGAGGUGCACCGCAAGCGCUGCCGCCUGUCGCAGGAGGCCAGCCAGCGGUGCCCUCGCUGUGCUCUGGAGCUGCCCACGCCCCACGCCCUGCAGCAGCACCUGGCAGAGGCGCACGAGGACCAGCCCCGCCGGAAGAGGAGGAAGCAGGAGUCGGUGGCCUGUGACCUCUGCGGCAAGACCUUCGCCCACCCCUCAGGCAUGCUGUACCACAAGCGCACCGACCACUUUGAUGAGAAGCCGUACGCGUGCAAGGAGUGCGGCGCCAAGUUCGCCGCCAACUCGUCCCUGAAGAACCACCAGCGCCUGCACACGGGCGAGAGGCCCUUCCACUGCCGACACUGCGACAUGAGCUUCAGCCAGGCCGCUGCCCUCUCCUACCACACCAAGAAGAAGCACUCUGAGGGUAAAAUGUACGCCUGUCAGUACUGCGAGGCGCUGUUCGCCCAGUCCAUAGAGCUGACGCGGCACGUGCGUACCCACACCGGGGACAAGCCUUAUGUCUGCCGCGAGUGUGGCAAGGGCUUUAGCCAGGCCAAUGGGCUGUCCGUCCACCUGCACACCUUCCACAACAUUGCUGACCCCCAUGACUGUCAGAAGUGCCGGAUGAGCUUUUCCUCUCUGGAGGAGCACAGGAAGCACAUCCAGGAGUGCCACCCCAAAGAGUACCACCGGUGUGACAUGUGCAACAAGAUCUUCAACAGCGCCGCCCUGCUGGAGAAGCACAUGGUCUCCCACGUCGGGGGCAAGCCCUACAGUUGCAAGAUUUGCCACAAGGCAUAUCAGCAACUUUCAGGCCUGUGGUACCACAACCGCACCGCGCACCUCGACGUGCUUGGGGCCCAGGGCAGCCGGGGCCUCAAGUCCCUCUUCCAGUGUCCGGCCUGCAGCAGGGCCUUUUCCAGCAGCGCCACCCUGCUCAAGCACCAGCGUGCCGAGCACCCAGAGGGCGUGCUUGAAUGUGAGGAAUGCAAGGAUACUUUCCCGGAUCUGGACGCACUGGUGGCCCAUAAGAAGGAGAAGCACUCGGAGUUCCACCAGUGCCCGUACUGCCCCAGCUCUCACACCUCUGCGGCCGACUUGCAGCAGCAUCUCUGCGCUCAGCACUUCAGCCAGGAGGGGGAGCUGUUUGGCUGUGCACACUGCGACCUGCUCUUCCCCUCACAGCUGGAGCUACAGGAGCACUUUCUCUCUCACCACACUGAGGCGCUGUCUGACGAAUCCCAGGUCUCCGCCACCCAAAUGGUAAUCCAGGCUGAGGAGGCCCCCAGUGGCCAGCAGCAGGUAAUCGCCCUGGACCAAUCACAGCUUAGCGGCUCCCAGGUCUACGUGGCGCUGACAGACACAGAAGGUGGAGCAGCAGGCUCUGAGAUAGUGGCAGUCAACAUGGAGGAUCUGCUGGACGGCACGGUCACCUUCAUCUGCGGGGAGAGCCAGUGAGCUUGGCCGCUUGGUUUCCCCGGCACUUCUCAUUGGUGGGGAGGUGUGUCAAUCUACCCACUGUGUCACUGGUCAUUGGUGAAUUGGACGGGUGCUCUGUUCUUUCCCGCCCCCAUAAUAUAUGCGCAGUAAAGCUGACUGACUGUAGAAAGCCGCUGCAGCUCAUAUCCGUUUUCCGCCCACCACUGUUUCCCUGGUUUGUGCUCAUGCUCCCAGGGAAGGGUGUGGACAUCAAGGGCCCAAGUAUGACCUCUGACCCCCACAGGUGACGUCGGCCUCUGAUUCUGUGAAACUCCCGACUGCUUUUCUCUGCUGGACCCACACAUCCAUUCUCACCACCCAACCAUCCCAUUAUUUAUUAAUUUGCAUUUUAAUGCAUCUGUGACCUUUCUAUGAGAAUUUAAAUAAAUAUGACUA